ACAGGCAGAGUAAAAGAAAACUCCAUUCCAGGAACUCUGGUUGAUGAUUUGGUGGACAUAGCUUUUACCGACGAAGACGUUGGAGAGAAUGGUUCUGUAAACUUCGCUUUGACGGGACCUGGGUAGACCUAUUUUGCUGUUGAGAAACCAAACCACAACAAAUUCACCAUGAAUACCAGUGAAACCCCGAUUGAUAGGGAAGUAACUCCAUACGUAGUCCUGACAUUAACUGGAACAGACAAUCCAUCUAAUCCUAACACAGGCACCACUACACUCAACAUCACAAUCAUGGACGUCAACGACAAUGCACCACAGUUCAACGGCGGGACGACCGUAUUUUUGGUGGAUGAUGCUUACGUUUUUCGCGAACACCUGGUGUCAUCACUGAUUUUCAGUGGUCCAUAGUUUUCACAGCUAUUUUGCCCUUUACGCCAAAUGGAAUCUGUUUCGGCGGAUACUCUAGACUGGUUAUUCUCUUCUUUUGACAAUUUAUAUAUUUUUUGUGUUGAAUAAUUAGUGAUAUUUGUUUCAGAUCAUGUACCGUUAUUAUAUCCUUAAGGGACUUUACCGCUACUGAAUGUAUAGCUGAAAACGCAUAUUCAGAGCUGCAUAAGAGCGCACAACAGAGAGUAUUAUUCCUUGGGCUAUUCAUAGCUAUGGCAGCCCUACUUGCGGUGAUCAGCCUUAUUGCAGUAUUUGCUGUAUACAAGUGGAGGACGUUAGCACAUGAAAAACAAAAUACGGAUGACCUUAAAACAGCUCAGGAAAUGCAGACAGUACCAACCGAAUAUGACCUACUUGCUGCAAAUAGGACUGAAGAAGAAAGAUCUUAUUACAGACUCAGGGACAGAGAUGCGCCACCCGGUGUUCCAAAUGAAGCAUAUGUGUCUGCAAGUUCAAGGCCAACAUCCUACAUACAUCCAGUAGAGGGCAGCCCUCACUAUGAUGAUGCUGAUGCUUACGCCAUUGAACUGCAGGCAUGAAGAACUCCUCAUCCACUCUCGGUCCUGGCGAGACAAUAUAAUCAGUAGUGUCUUAUUUAAAAAUUGGAAACAAAUAUGAAUCACCGAACUACACCCAACCCAUUAUCUUAUUAAUCGUUCAGCUUUCCUAACUCACAGGAUUGUAUGGCUACUGUGCAUGUAUGUCACAUGGCAAUGGAGGAAAAUGACAGAUGUGUUCAAUAUAUAUUGUCACGAAGCAACAGAACAGUUGUCAUCGUGUGCCUUAUCGGUGCAUUAUUUGAAUACAAGUAUUUGAAAUGUACGUGCGGACAUGGUAAAUAUCAUGUGCAAGUCUAAGAAUAAUAUUGCUAUUCGGUUGUUCAUAAACUAUACACAAUUUUGAAUAUAUUUUAACGUACAUUUAAUUACUAUUUUGUACUCAUGGACUUUUAUCCAUUGCUUUUAAAGUGUGAACUGCUUUCAUUAUUAUUUUCAAAUGUAUAACAUAUAGUAUAAAUUUUGUCAACUCCUAAACAUACAAACAUAUAUCACUAUCAGUUUUCCAUGUAAAAAUAUGACGAAUAAAUGCUUGUUUGGUUAUUAAUA